CGGAGGGGUGCGGGGGAGCGGUGAGGGGGGGCGGCUCGGUGCGGGCCCGCGGCUUUGCUCCCCGCCGCCUCCCGCCUGCCGCCCCGGCCCCGCUCGGAGCGCGGGGGGCCGCACCGCUCCCGGAGAGAUGAGCGCCGCCGGUAACAAGCGAGCCCCGACCACAGCGACGCAGCGGCUGAAGCAGGACUACCUGCGCAUCAAGAAAGACCCGGUGCCGUACAUCUGUGCCGAGCCCCUCCCGUCCAAUAUCCUGGAGUGGCACUAUGUGGUUCGGGGCCCAGAGACGACUCCUUAUGAAGGUGGCUAUUAUCAUGGAAAACUAAUCUUCCCCAGAGAAUUCCCUUUUAAACCUCCAAGUAUUUAUAUGACGACCCCGAAUGGAAGAUUUAAGUGCAACACCAGGCUGUGUCUCUCGAUCACUGACUUCCACCCGGACACGUGGAACCCAGCGUGGUCCGUGUCGACCAUCUUGACGGGCCUGCUCAGCUUUAUGGUGGAGAGAGGCCCCACGCUGGGCAGCAUCGAAACGUCCGACUUCACGAAAAGACAGCUGGCUGCACAGAGCUUAGCAUUUAACUUAAAAGAUAAAGUCUUCUGUGAGCUGUUUCCUGAAGUCGUAGAGGAGAUGAAACAGAAACAGAAAGCCCAGGAUGAUCUCAGCAGCCACCCCCAGACCCUCCCGCUCCCCGACGUAGUCCCCGACCGGGGGGCUCAUCACGGCCACAAUGGCAUCCAGCUUCUCAAUGGGCACGGGCCGUUGGCCGGCCCCAACCAGCCUGGUCUCCAGCAGGCCAACCGGAAUCACGGACUGCUGGGAGGCGCGCUGGCGAACUUGUUUGUCAUCGUGGGCUUCGCCGCCUUCGCCUACACAGUCAAGUAUGUGCUGCGAAGCAUAGCGCAGGAAUGAGCGGCGGGGACCCACUUCGAGACCAAAUUAGCGGUAGGUGCAAAGCGAGCUGGGUCCCUCAGGGCGCUGGAGGCCGGCAGGGGAGCGGCUCCCUGCCGGGGCCACCCGCCUGGGGCCCGGGGAACACGGUGCCCACUGGCAAGACUGGAACGAAGCCGGUGCCGUCCGUCUGGUUCCCGGGGAGAGACGAGCCGCUUCGAUUCGUCGUCCGAGUGGCGGCGGCGCCUGUCUGUCCGUCUGCCCGUCCACGGCCGUCAAGCCCUCGAAGCGUCACCGAUGGAACGCCUCCGUUGCCGAUGCUUUGACUCUCCUUUUUUAUAGCAUUUGCUCUCUUUGGUUCUCUGGACCCGAUGUUUUAAGUAAACCGGUUGUUUUUCAUCUGACUAGAUGGGGUCGUUUCUCAAAGCCGAACUGGCAGGCGCCCCACCCAGCCUCACGCUCUGGUGGGUGGAGAGCUUGGGGACUCCUCCGGGGCAGCGGAGGACCGUGGGAGCAGCGUCGCCACCGCCAGGCAGGGGAGGAUGGAUAGGAGCCUAAGGUUCCCUCUGCCUCUGUGCCGGUUGGGGGAAAAUGCAUCACUUGUGGGUGGGUGGAGCAUGUGUGAGGGGGCGAGGAAGGGGCCUAUUCAGAAACAGCCACCAGCCAGGGUGACGGAUCAAACACGGCACUUGUCCUGGGAAUCCCUGGGGGAUGAGGUGCCUCUCCUGCCCGUGUCAUUGGGUGAGGGCCCGGCCAUCUAGGAGAAAACCAUUUCCUCUUCCAAGAGCAGCGCUGUUCUGCCCCUUUUGGCUUGGAAGCCACGGUCUUGCCAUGCUCUCUGACCUCAAGCUGUCAGGGUUCCUUCCUGGUCGCUUCCCCCGUGCUGGCCUGGGCGUUUGGCGUAUGAGGCCUGGGCCCUGGAACCAAGCAUAGGGGGCAAGAACCUCUCUGUUGGGGCCCCCGGCAGGCCGCCUCUAUCAGUAGUAUGUAUUGACCGCUCACUCUGUGCAGAGCCCUGUACUAAAUGCUUGGGAGGGUUCAACACAACAGAGUUGGCAGUCACAUUCCCUGCGCACGAGCUCGGGAAGUCAGACCCCCGGAAGGGAGGUCACAGAGGCCUGUGGCCGCCUUCCACAAAGAUGGGGGCCCUAUUGCCCAGCGGUCCAGUUCUCCACCCCGGACUUCCCUGGCACAGAACCGCUCUGCUCCCCAACUCAGGCGUAGGAGACGGUGGGGCUCAGAUGGCCUUCCUCAUCCCUUCCUUCCUGGAGAAAUGGAGUCCUGUGGGUCACUUGUGGAGUCCUCGGCCAGGCACGGUGUCCGUCCCCCAUGACUCCUGGCUCACACGCCAUUCCCUCGUCAAAGCGUUAGGAGUCUGCCUUUGGGUGGGGCCGAAGGGGAGGGGGCGGGUCAGUGGUCGGAGACACGCCCGACAGUCCUCUGCAUAUUCCUGUUUUCUGUUCUACAGAGCCUAAUAAAUGUUACCUCAUGUACCUUCA